AGACGCGUCGUGUUCAGACUGUCAUGAACCUGCAUAAUUAGUAGUGUACUGUUAAGAUCACGGGAAGUCGGCACUUAACGCACCAUUGAGUCUAUGCUUUCGUGAGUCCAAGGUCCACGUUGUCUGUAAAUAUCUCAGCGAACAUCUUUGCUAAUGUUUAUCCUGUUUAUUAGACGAUAUUGAAAGGACAUUAUGACGACAGUCCCCACUCCUCAUCGUACGCCUCUUCGACGCCUCUCGCAAGGCUCACUUUUCCGAUUAUCUCGUUCCGGAGCGUAUCCGGAUGCGCCUCAUGGUCUUGGGUUCCUCGAACCCGCGCUUAGCGAACUGCUUGAUGAAGUAGAGACCCUGCAUACAAACAUAGAGGGUCUACGAGGGCUAAGUAAUGCUCUUGGGACUUUCAAUGAAAGUUUUGCUAGCUGGCUCUAUGUAAUGAACAUGAACGCUUUGACCACCGACUGGCCACAAGCGCCCACAGAUGCAUCGUAUGAACUGGCAGCCAGAAGAGCAGAGGAGGAUGCACUGGCUGCUAUGGCUGCCCUGAAAGCGGCUCAGGCGUCACCUCCGCCACCCGAGCCAGCCGUUGAUCAAACACACGUCACCUCUGAGCUUGGAAAUGACACCACGUUCGCAGCGAACACCACCGCCACCACCUCGAACACGAAUGCCUCUGGUCAACCUGCGAAAGGCAUUACGAAGAAGAAAGGGAAACCAAAGAUGACGGUGAGGGAGAAACGUGAACGUGCCCUGGCGAUCGAUAAGGUCAUUUCAGCAUUGCCUCUCGAGUUCAGAGGCAACGAUCCGAAGUUGCGAAGCCAUGCCGAAACCGUCAUUGAAGGUCUGUUAGAUCGUGAAGGGAGAGGCGUCGGAAUCUUGGAGCUGGUGAAACCCGAUGUCAGUCAGGCUCGGGUAAACAAAUGUCUGAUCGCGUUGGUGAAUAGGAAAAUUGUGAGGAAGGACAAUAGUACAGGUGUAGUGUUAUACCACUGGCAGGGGCUUCCAACAUAACGAUCCUACCUUCGUCAUCAUCUUCAGUAUCCAUUUCAACUGUAUCCUUAGUGCUAUACUUAUGUGAAUGUAGUGUACAAUUGGCAAACAACGCCACAACUCAGAGAAAAGUAGUGGUGAUGCGAUAUUAACUAAGGCUCCGAAGAC